CAUAGCGAUCGAGCGAGCGAGCAGCGCGGAGGCCACGCUACAGCGCCAAAUUCCACACCAAACAAAGGCGCGGCGACGAACGAGCAGCCAACACCCGCACCACCUCCCCUCACCGCACCGCACUACUCCUCCUUGGCUCCAAUGUCUAAUCCACUCGCUAAUCACCUCCACCGCACCACCAAAUAAGUACGCCCACCCCCGCGACGGAAAGCUAAUCUCUCCUCCCUCCCCCUUUCUUCUUCAUACUCCCACCAUCUCCACCACCACCACCACCAUCCUCUUUCUCCCACCCACCUUUAAGCCGCCCCAUCCCCCGCUGCGCUGAGUCACUUCCUCACGCCACCCGCCGACUGAUUGCUCGAUCGAGGUGCGGUGCGCGGCCAUGAUCUCUAUAGGCGGGUCCUCCUCGUCCUCCUCCUCCGCCGCCGCGGCGGGGGUCCGGAUGGGCGGGGCCAAGCGGCGGGGGAAACCGGGCGGGGCCGCCGCGCCGGGGGCCGCGGGGCCGCCGCAGACCAGGUGGCGGAGCGGCACGCAGGAGCGGAUCUACGGCCGGCGCCUGCUGGACGCGCUCCGGGCCACGCGGUCGGGCGCCGCCUCGUCCCCGCAGCCGCGCGCCGUCAAGGCCGCCGCCGACUCGGCGCUGGCGCUCACGGCGCGCGGGCAGUCGCGCUGGAGCCGCGCCAUCCUGCUGGCCGGCGCCGCGUCCUGCCGCCGCCGCGUGCUCGUCAAGGCCGGCGGGAAGAUCCGCCGCCACCGCCGCCCGCAGGCGCGCGCCGCCGCCGCGGCGUCCAAGGCCGCGGCCGCCGCUUCCGCCAGCGAACCGCCGUUGCUCAAGGAAAAGAAGGUGAAGGACCGGCUCCGCGUGCUGGGCCGGCUCGUCCCCGGGUGCCGGAAGCUGCAGGCCCCCGACCUGCUCGAGGAGACGGCCGACUACGUGGCCGCGCUGGAGAUGCAGGUCAAGGCCAUGCGCGCGCUCGCCGACGCGCUCGCGGCGGCCCAGCUGUCCUCGCCUCCCCCGCCGGCCGCCGCCGCCGCCGACGAGGCCGAGAUGGAGAGGUGAGGGUCUGAGCCUCGCCUCGCCUCCGAGAGGGAGAUUGAUGACACGAUGGCUCGGGGAAAUAAGGGCGAUUGAUUACUGGAUGGAUGGACGGAUGGAUUGUUACCGCGAGAGGGGGUCCUGGGAUUCCAGGAGGGUAUUGUGAUUCCGAUGAUGAUGAUUGCUGCUGCUGCUGCUGCUGCUGCUGAUUUGUAAAUUCUUGAUGCUACUACUUGUAUAAGUAAUGCUGCUCUGCUCC